GAAGCUGGACGAUCUUUCGUCGCUGUCCGCUCGGUGCUUCGCGUUAUUUUUGUUUACGUACUCUGGUUCUCAAUAAAAAAAUCGUCUUUGAGCCGUUCGUAUCGCGCGCAUGUAUUUACGACACAGUGAUAAAACGCCCGUUGAUCUGAUCGACGCGUUCCGAUUUAAAAAUCCAGUGAUUAUCGAUAACCGUCGUCGAUACGAUUCGUUGAAACGUGUUCCGAUGAUCGUCAGUGAGAGUCUCGCGAGAGGCUCGAUGUAAUCACGGAGAAAAUGAGUGCGAAUCGAAGAGGCUGUCUUUUGACUCGAGGUGUUUGAAGUCCGUUCGUUUCUCCGUGCACAGGGACCGAUGAAAAAGUUGAUCCGCACUCGGGGAGCAUAGAGAAAGAAAGACUCGACGCGUGUUACGGUAAUAUUAUCCCCGAAGAAGUCGUUGACCAAUGAGAUUCGAUAGUUAAAGCAAUCGAGGGGAUAGGAAAGUGAAAAAAAAACGGAAGUGCAAACUGCAAUGUGCAAGAAAAAAGGUGUGUGCAUUCCUGUUAAUAAGAACAUCACCGGAGAAACUCGACCACGAUGACGGAAGGCGGACCGAACGUAAGUGACCUGAUGACGAAGAUAAAGCAGAGGAACUGGCGGCGUUUUCUGGCUGGUGGCUUGGUCGUCGUAGUCGUGCUCGGCUUGGUCGUCGCAGCGGCGGUUCUUUUAACCGGAAGCCCGGAUUCCUCCGGCUCGAGAGCGCCAAGCGCACCUGGUAUUUCCCUCGAAGAAUGGCUCGCAGGCUCGUUAUCCCCUAAGAGUUUCAACGGCACGUGGAUCAGCGGAAACGAGAUACUCUAUCGCGACGAAGCCGAAAAUCUCGUGAUCUAUAACGUCACGUCGAGGGAGCCAAAGAUAAUCCUGAACACCACUAACACGGCGCUGUCGUCGAGUUUCGACCAUCAACUCUCGGCCGACCGGAAGUAUCUUCUACUGGCCACCGAUUACCAGAAGCUCUAUCGGCACUCGUACCUGGCCCACUACAAGAUCGUGAACCUGACAACCUUGAGCGAAAGGUCAUUGGUGAACGACACCAUUUCCCUGCAACUGGCGACCUGGGCACCCCGCGGCAACGCACUGGUCUACGUGUACCAGAACAACAUUUAUUACAGACCAGAAGUGGAAAAGCCCGUCGACUUUCAAAUCACGAACACCGGUGUGUUCGGGACCAUUUAUAAUGGAGUGCCAGACUGGGUGUACGAAGAGGAGGUGUUCGGCUCGAACAAGGCAUUAUGGUUCUCGCCGAGCGGCACUAAGCUGGCCUUCGGUUACUUCGACGACACCCACACACCGAUCAUAACGAUACCGUUUUACGGCUAUCCUGGAAGUGUGACGUUCCAAUACACGUCCGCGAUCUGGAUCCAUUAUCCCAAGAGCGGUACAACCAAUCCCACGGUGAAGCUGUUCUACGUCGACUUAGAGAAGGUGGUCCGAGGUAACGCGAGCUUAACUGAAAUCGAACAUCCAGCCGAGUUAUCCUCCACGGAGCGGAUUUUAUCUGCCGUCGCUUUUCCGACGGACAAUCUCGUCUACGCGACCUGGAUGAACCGAGUACAGAACAAGGCGUACUUCCAUUUCUGUUACGUCGACGGCCCUGUACCGAAUUGCACCUCCGCGCCGCCUUACUUCGAGGAACACGGAUGGGUCGAGCAGUUCGAGCCGCCGUUGUUCAGCGACGACGGGAACUCGUUCCUGACGAUUCUGCCGCAAAGGCAGGAGAACGACAGCCACUGGAGGCAUGUUGUCGCUAUUACGAAUGCAUCCUCCGGCAGGGCGACCACCUCCGCGCUAACUUCCGGCCACUUCGUCGUAACGGAGAUAGUUUCUUGGGAUCAAGAGAAUUCGUACCUGUACUACCUGGCCACGACGGAGAAGGAGUCCGCGGUGCAGCAUCUGUACAGGAUAUCCAUGCGUGGCGCGGACCGCAAACCGAAGUGCUUGAGCUGCAGCAUCGUCCGUGAAACGGACAGAAGUCGGUGUCUGUACAACACGGCCAAGUUUUCCACCGAUCAUUCGCAUUACGUGCUCACUUGCGCCGGCCCUGGAGUGCCUGACAUCGCCAUUUACAACAGGGAAUCUUCGAAAUUGGUCACGUGGGAAAGCAACGAAGCAGUCUCGGAGAUUAUCGCGGAGAAAUUGCAGCCAGUGGUACAUCGUUACAAUGUACCGAUACCUGGUGGGUUCAAAGCUCGAGUUAGACUACUGAUUCCACCCAACGCUGAUUUGACCGGGGCCACGAAGUAUCCAAUGCUGAUUUUCGUUUACGGUGGUCCUGACUCCUACCAGGUCACGGAGAAGUUCAGAGUCGAUUGGGGCACGUAUUUGGUGACGAACAAGAGCAUCAUCUACGCGACCAUCGACGGUAGAGGUUCCGGUUUAAUGGACAACGCUAUGCUGUUCGCUGGCUAUCGUAAAUUGGGAACCGUCGAAAUCGCCGAUCAGAUUAACGUAACCAGGUAUUUACAAGAGACACUCCCGUUCAUCGACCGUACCAAGACAGCGAUAUGGGGCUGGAGUUAUGGCGGCUACGCGACAGGCAUGACGCUCGCUAAGGAUCGUCACGGUGUCUUCAAGUGCGGCAUGUCCGUGGCACCUGUAACAGAUUGGACUCUUUACGAUUCAAUUUACACGGAGAGGUUCAUGGGUUUGCCGAAGGUCAAUGUUCACGGCUACGAGGAAAGCCAGCUCCUCAACAAAGUAGACAAUAUUAAAACGAAGAUGUACUACUUGAUCCAUGGAACUCUGGACGAUAACGUGCACUAUCAACAAUCUCUGUUACUUGCCAAGGUUCUCGAGCAGAAGGAUAUAUUGUUCCGACAACAGACGUAUACGGACGAGGAUCACGGAAUUGCUCAAUCGAGUUCUCAUCUCUAUCACUCAUUGGAGAACUUUUUGGACGAGUGCUACGAAGCCUCAUGAUCGCAGCGUCGAUUUGAACCGACAAUCUAGAACCUUCCCGUCACCUGCCUCACAUUCCACCUGUAAAUACCUUGUCAUUUGUACAUACUCGAUGUACAAUAUGUAAUAUGAAGCGUUAGUGUAUAUAAUCGAGAGAGAAAUUAAAUAGGUACGCUCGACUCGAACAAUCUCGAGCGCUGAUCACCACCCACUCACCUCUUUGUGCUUCCUGACAAGUAGGGGAAGUACCUUAUUCGGAGAAAAAGUUCCCCAGGAUCCGAGGGUCGAAAGUUGACCGGAAUUAUUUUCUGCUGAUAUGACUGGUAGGUCUAAUUGUAUUGCUAUAAUAUUUUAGCCGGUCUUUAAAACGGCAAGUGUACAAAAAAAAAGUGUCAAAAACCAAACGUCGCAUAAGACUGCCAACGUUUAAAUUGUGUUCAUUCGUUUCACAUGUUCCUAGCAGACGUUGGUACCUAAAAUUUUACUGGUAAUUUUUUUACGCACUCUGUUAUCUCAAGAUCAUUGACCAACCAUCCCUACCACAAUAUUAACUUAGAAAAACACUAUAUCUGCCUCUUGACUCAUGAGGAGAAGAUAGAAGAAGAGAGGCUUAGCAUUCGCGAAUUGUUUGAGUCGAAUAUACUUAGAAGUUGUUGAGAAGUACCGGACUGGUCUGUAGAAUUUUUUUAAUAUAUUUUUUCGAGAUGAUCAGUUCGCCUGUUCAUCGAAGGCCUAACGGAUCCAACAUAAAUCUCUAUAUAUAAUAAAGUAACAAUGACGGAGAAACACUGCGUCUUAUGGAAACCCCCGUACGAGUAACUUUCACAGAAAUUAAAGGCGCGCAAAGUUGAACGAAUUCAAUGGAUAGUUUACAACUUCCAAAUAAAUGAAUGUUGUCGAAUACUUUGUUGUUAAAGGAGAAACAUUAUUGAAUGUUGUGCCACACGUGGUGACGAUAAUGGAGAUCGGUUUUUUAUAUAACGAAUCAUAAAACAUGUUCCUCUUACGUUUCAAGCGUUGUUUUACAAUUAUGCGAGGCAAGUGAGAUUUGGAUGCGAAGCAAAUGGUUAAUAGUAACUCUGAGGGAUGUUUAUAAGAAAUUACACAGCUCGGAUAACCUUUCUGAAAGAAAGCCAAAGAAAUAUGUGAGAGGAUAUCGUUGAUGAUAUUUAAUGUUUUUUAUUUAGUUUAGACACUGAGGGUGACGGUGCACAAUUCGUACGUUCUUAUUAAUAGUUAAUGCAAUCGUUAACAGAGCUUUUAUUAUUUUAUUAUCGUUCACGCAAUACAAGCUGCAAGCGCCAGCCAUGUUGUUUUUAGGUUAUGAGUAUAAUUGCAUAACGAUAGAUUGUGUAAACUAAUAUAAUCGUUGAAGAGCAUUGUUUAAAUAUAAAAACAAAUUCUUUCUUGUUGAUUUAUUAACAUUAGGAUAACGGAGCCUUCAACUAUCAUAGUUUAAGACUUUUCUCGUUGUGUAUAUAAUUAAGUUAAUGGACUGUUCGUUAAAAAUUCCUGGACGUAAUAUAGCGCAUCUAUUUCUCUUUACUAAUA